GGUCGCUCAAUGUCACUGUACAUUACCCGGCUUCCGGCUCCUCUACAGGUAGAGACUGCACGUCCCGCAGGAAGUCAUCUCUCUGGACCUUGAGACCUUCCACUGUGUACAUAAUGGAGGCGAAUGGCACAACACACAUCUUGAGCUCUGCCUUCCUUGCGGUUGAGUACCUCGAUGCGGCCUUACCCCAAAACCCCCUCCAGCCUUCACUGGAACAAGCAUGGAGUUACAUGCUUGACAACUACACAAAGUUUCAGAUCGCCACCUGGGGGUCACUCAUCGUCCAUGAGUUCAUCUACUUUCUCUUCUGCCUGCCUGGUUUCAUCUUCCAGUUUUUGCCAUUCAUGCAAAAAUACAAGAUCCAAGCGGACAAGCCUGAGACCUGGGAGAAGCAGUGGAGAUGUUUUAAGAUGCUGCUCUUUAACCACUUCUGUAUCCAGCUACCAUUAAUCUGUGGGACUUACUACUUCACUGAAUUCUUCAGCAUCCCCUACGACUGGGACUCUAUGCCACGCUGGCCAUUCCUCCUGGCUCAGUGUUUUGGUUGUGCUGUGGUUGAAGACACCUGGCACUACUUUCUCCAUCGUCUACUGCAUCACCGCAGGAUCUACAAAUACAUCCACAAAGUCCACCACGAGUUUACAGCUCCAUUCGGUAUGCAGGCAGAAUAUGCACACCCUGCUGAGACCCUUAUCCUGGGAGCUGGCUUCUUCAUUGGAAUCAUGAUCUUCUGUAACCACGUGUUUUUCCUCUGGGCCUGGGUGGCUUUCCGUCUUCUGGAAACAAUUGAUGUUCACAGUGGGUAUGAGAUCCCUCUGAAUCCUCUUCACCUGAUCCCAUUCUAUGCUGGCGCUCGUUUCCAUGACUUUCACCACAUGAACUUUGUGGGUAACUACGCCUCAACCUUCACCUGGUGGGACAAACUGCUGAAGACUGACAACCAGUACAACAAACACAUGCUGAAAAUAGAACUCAAUAAGGAGCAGUAAACAACUGUGGUCACACCUCAGUUUUUCAGGAGGCAGUAAAUGGUUUUUCUAAAAAUAUGUGCUGCAUUCGUACACAAAUGCAUUUGUACACAAGUCCACAAAUUUACAGAGUAAAUAUGGACAUUAAAAAAAGAAUCAGCUUCACUGUGACUCUGGAUCAGGCUCUAUGUUGCACUGCUGUGUCUCUCUGCAGAAGAAGUGUUGUUGUACAGUAGGCUUCUGUCAGCAGCUAGAUCCUGAUUCAAGUCAGAGUUGUUUCUCUGACUUGUAAAACACUUAAACCCAACCAGCACUUCCUCCUGAGUCAUGCUGGUCUAUAAGCCACAGUUCACAAGGAACUUGUGUGAACUUAGAGAAAUGAAUACUGCAAGUCAACACGUUUGAUGAAAAUAAAAAAAUAAUAAAUUAAAAAGGGAUUGUCUGAGA